AUGAUUGAAAACCAGGUGGUAAUUAUUGGAGCAGGCAUAGCCGGCCUUAAAGCCGCAUCUGAACUUUACAAAAGGGGUUUCAAAUCUUGCACCAUCCUCGAGGCUCGAGACAGAAUCGGAGGAAGGCUUCACACAGUAACGGGGUACCAGAAUAGAAGAUAUGACUUGGGAGCAAGUUGGCAUCACGAUACGCUAGUCAAUGGCCUUUUUCUUGAAGAGCUGAACCUUCCAGAGGACCAACGGGCAUCCUUUGUUUUUGAUGACGAUAGUAUGGUGGUUUUUGACGCAGAAAAAGGUAGAGUGGACCAGGAUCCGGAGAUGGUUCUUGAAAUCUUGUUAGAGGAACUGGUAAAAUACAGCCAGCUUCACUUUUUCGAAGAUUUGAGCGCACAGGAUCUGAACUAUUUUCAAAUGGUCGUGAAGUAUCUAUACGAAAGAAGGGGUCUUCUCACCAAUGACCAAAUUAGAUUUCUGCCGCAAGUUGCCCGCUUCAUGGAGCUAUGGCACGGAAUUGACUGGAAGUCUCAGAGUUCUAAAUGUUUAGAAAUUGCUCAUCAAGGGCGAAACGCCUUAGUUCUCAAUUACGAUAAAAUUGUUCGCCGGAUAGCUUCAGAGAUUCCUGAGAGUUGGUUGCAACUCUCAACAGAGGUCAAAGAGGUGAGAAACGAUGGCAAAAAUGUCCUAGUGACGAUAGACAAGGGCGAAACUAUCUCCUGCAAAUAUGUUAUAGUCACGGUUCCUCAGAGUAUUCUGGCGCACUCAUUGCAACCAGAACCUCGCGUAGGAAAAAUUGAAUUUAUUCCGCCACUAAAUGUUAAUAUACAAGAUGCCUUUAAGAAGACACAUUACGGGGCCCUCGGCAAGGUUGUUUUUGAAUUUGAUGACUGUUGCUGGUCGACUGAGCGCUCAAGGAUUCUUUCUUUGGGGAAAUCUUCAUCUAAUUUAAGUCAAAGAGUCCGUGAAGCGCGGGACCUCUCUUUGCUGGUUGAAGAGUUGGAUGCUAAUACCAAGUAUCAAUUUGAAAGGGGGGAUUCAUGGAACUUUCCACUACUUUUCGUGAACAUGGUCAAGCACACCGGUAUUCCUUCCUUCGUCAUGUUGAUGGCUAACCCGUUGACGAAAUACAUUGAGUCUAUGAAUGAUAAAGGCAAGAUAUUUGAGUUUUUCACGCCUGUUCUUGAAAAUCUCUUGAAGACGCUAGGAUGCGCCGAACCUAUCGUAAAGGACUUUGAGAACAAACUCGUGAAAUCAAACAAAAAAGCUCCGAUUCUCAAAAACAUAGUAACAACGAAUUGGACCCGUGACGACUAUGCUUUGGGGGCUUAUUCCGCUUGUGAACCAGGGGAUGAUCCUAUGGACCUUGUCUUAGCCUUGACAGAGAACCAAACAUCUCUCGUACGUUUCGCGGGCGAGCAUACUAUCAUGGAUGGUGCAGGCUGCGUUUACGGAGCCUGGCAAAGCGGUAAACGAGAGGCAGAUUUUAUCGCUGAUAAACUCGCUUAA